AUGUUCAUCGUAGUGACUGGCUACAAAAUUAAACGCGACACUGAGUCGUCUAUCAGCAAUACUAACUCUGGAGGUACAGAUUCAAAAUAUCCAACUGGUGCUAUCAUUGGAGCUGUAGUUGGCGGUAGCAUCGGAUUUGUACUUCUCGUGUCACCCAGUCCUGCCGUUACUGGCAUGCAUAGUGUUGUUGCUAGUGCAUAUCGAACAGGCGAAUCAAUUUUUGUGCCGGGUACCUAUGCAAGUUACUAUUCUAAAAAUGGUUGGUACCGUGGACCAUUCUAUAUGACACUGGGAUUUUAUAACACCGCUGGCUAUAUGGUUUAUGGAAAAGGAAAAGACGAUGUAGCUAGCUAUGCUAUAAAAGGUUUUUAUUCGCCCAUAACUCGUCGAAUGGGUUUGCAACUACAUUAUCAGAUUGGAACAGGAGAUCCCGACCAAAAUAUAGGUCAAACAAUAUCCGCUCAUGUGCAGUGGAAUGAAUACCAACAACAGUUUGAAGGCAAUUAUUAUUCUUCAAUAGAAAAUGCCGGAAAAGACAAUAGUUUUAUAAUCAAACGUAACUGA